AUGUUAAAAUAUUUUAAUCAUGAAACGCCUUUAUAUUGUCUACUAUAUGGUAAAGAUAAUGACUGUAUGGAUAUUUUGAAAAUAUACUACAAAGAAUAAUAUGUGUAAGAAGUUUAUUAAGAAACUAAAUCCUAAGCUCAAAAAAUUUCUUCAUCUUCCAUGCAAUAUAUUGACAUGAUAAAACCUGAAUUCCGAUAAAGACUCAUGAUAGGCGUUACUCUUUCAAUAUUUUAACAAUGGUCUGGUAUAUAUGCCGUUAUUAUGUAUUCUGGUUAAAUUUUUGGGGCCUCAAUCAAAGACUUUGAAACCAAAAAUUUGAUUACUUUAUUUUCUAAUAUUGUUUUGAUGGUUGCUUGCGCUACAAGUGGAUUUUUCGUUUCUAAGAUUGGAAGAAAGAUCAUUCUUUAAUACGGUUCGAUGAUUUGCGCAAUUUUCCUUUAUAUUCUAUGUUUAUUAUCUUAUUCGAAAGUUGAAGGAACGGAAAAAUAUAAUGUUAUUUUUAUCUUUUUGUAUUACCUUGCUUUUAAUUUUUCUUUAGGACCUAUCGUAUGGCUUUAUAAUUCCGAAAUUCUACCUGAAAAAGGAAUUAGUAUUGCUACUUUAGCUAAUUGGUUUGGAGGUACUGUUGUUACUUUAGCUUUGCCUUACUUUAGUGAUUUUUGGCCUCUAUUUCUUAUUUUUGGAAGUGUUUGUGUCUGUUGUGUGUUUUUUACAACUAGAUUUCUUAAAGAAACUUUAGGGAAAUCUAAAAUUGAAAUUAUUAGAAUGUUUGAAAAUGAAGAAAGACAAAUUCUUGACGUUUAAUAAAUGUAGGAAAUCAAAAAUGUAAAAACUCCGAAUAAUUUAUAAUAAACAUUAUUAUGA